AAGCACGUGGUCGGCAAUGGCGCGAUUUUCUCUCUUUUCUUGAUCUCUCUCUACAAUCAAUGCUGUAAGUAGGCGAGGGAGAGCUCUGACCAAUGGCUAUGGCUAUGGCGAUGGCGUCCGCCGUUUCUCUCUGCUUUGUUACUCUUUUUGCUUUACAUUCUUCUUUCUUCGUGCUCACAGUUGCUGCGACGUCCGAUAACCCGGAGUUCGUCGUCGAGUUGGACCGUUCUAACUUCACCGACUUCGUAAGCAAGCUCGAUUUCCUUAUCGUCUCCUUCUACACUCCGAGAUGUGGACAUUGUAAGAGGCUGGCACCGGAGUAUGAAAAAGCUGCUAAUAUUCUGAGUAAGCAUAAUCCUCCUUUGACUUUAGCAAAGGUUAAUAUUUUCAAUGAAGCAAAUGAUGGACUUGCUGGAUCCGACGGCACAAUUUCUAUCAAGAUUGUGAGAGAGGGAGGUAAGAAUGUUCAAGAGUACAAGGGCCCUCGUGAUGCAGAUGGUAUUGUUGAAUACGUGAAGAGACAGUAUGGCCCUGCCUCUGUUGAAAUAAACACUCUGGAUGAUGCCCAAAGUUUCAUAUCUGACAAUAAGAUUGCUAUUGUGGGCAUAUUCCCUCAAUUUUCUGGGGAGGAGUUUGAAAACUAUACUAUCCUAGCCAAGAAAUUGCGUUCUACUGAAGAAUUUUUUCAUACUUCAGAUGCCAAACUUCUUCCGCGUGGUAAAUCAUCUGUCACUGGUCCCUUAAUGAGGGUGCUCAAGCCAUUCGAUGAGCUCUUUGUUGAUACUCAGGAUUUUGACGUGGAUUCCCUCGAAAAAUUUGUUGAGAAAUCAAUUGUACCUACGGUAACUAUCAUGGAUGGUGACAAGAGCAAUCAACGUCUAGUUGAUAAUUUCAUGUAUAAUUCAAAUUCGAAGGUCAUGUUGUUUAUAAAUUUUAGCAGUGAGAUUGCUGCUUCCUUUGAAUACAAGUAUCGUGAACUUGCAGAGCUCUACAAAAGAGAUGGCCUCAGUUUUCUGAUGGCAGAUAUUGAUGCUAGUUUGCAUGCGAUUAAGCAAUAUGGAGUUAAGGAUGGUCAAAUACCCUUUAUUAUCCUACUAAGUGAUAAAACAAAGUAUCUGAAAUCCAAUGUGGAGCCUGAUAAACUUUCUCCUUGGUUGAAAAGAUAUAAGAAUAGAGAAUUGGAACCAUACAUAAAAUCUGAACCUAUACCAGAGCAUAAUGACGAGCCCGUGAAAGUGGUGGUAGCUCACACAUUUCAGGACAUAGUUUUCAAAUCAAGGAAGAAUGUUCUGCUCGAGUUUUACGCUCCUUCGCAUAAAGCCUGCAAACAGCUGGCUUCAGUCUUUGAGGAUCUUGCCAUGGCAUAUCGAAGUGAUUCUGAUGUCAUAAUUGCUAAAUUCGACAUUUUUGCAAAUGACUUAGUACAUGACUUUGAGAUCUGGACACUCCCUACUAUUUACUUCAAGUCAGCUGAUGGGAACAUAUCAAAAUACACUGGGUAUGCAACGAAGAAAGACUUGAGAGAUUUCAUUGAAAAGAAUAGGUCGAAAGCUGCUGAUGAACAUUCAGAUUCAAAGGAUGAGCUCUAAUGGCGGUAAGCUCUCUGUUCUUACACAUUACCUGUAGAAUGUUUCUAUUUUUCUUUUCUAUGGGUAUCAAAUGGGUUAGAUCUCUAAACAUUGCUAGCUCUCUACCCUUGAAAAUUAGCUUAAAGUUAGCAAACGUAAAUCAUCUUAAAUCUUUUGAUAUUAGUUUCUCUUUGAUUGGAAUUUAGGAUAACCAAUGGUGA